ACUAUGCGCAGUCGGAAUGAAAACCUAAACCGUUUUUGACGUUUUUGUUGUGUGUCGAGGGGUUGAGGUUGAACGCUUGAGAUGGGACGUCAUGUCUGCCUUUGCCGUUUGAGAUAUGGAUAAGUUGACUUAGGCGUGAAUAUCUGUUUCUUCAAUUGAUUGUUUGAAAAAAUAGUGAUAACUUAACUAUCGGUGAUUUUUAAAUUCCAUUUAGGAUGGCAGGCAAAGAUAUAUCAGUCUCGCGUAUUUUAAAACUAGCUCAACAAUUCAACUGUUUUUAUCUUUCAGGUUUUCCUUACAAUAAAUUCCUGCAGGUCAAAUCUGAUUUGACUUUGAUCCGACAAGGAGACCUCUAUCGAGACAUGCCAGCCCACGAUUUUAAACUUAGGAGAGCUACUUACCAAGGACUGCAGAGUGGCACCAGUUGGCCAUUUAUAGUGGCUGGAAAACAAGUCGGAUUGGUGCGACCGGAUGUGCUCAGCAAGCUAUCCAAAUAUCCGGAAGUCUUCAGUAUCCAGAAGAAUUGUGUUACAUUAAAUCCAGCGUUUAGAGAUUAUACUGAACGGUCUGCCAAGGUGGAGGAAGUCCUCAAAGAAUGUCGUGCUCAAGAAACAUUCAUAACUCUCAAAGGAUGGCGGGAUGAGUGUUUUGAUGUCCGUGCAGGUUACUCUGCUGAAGCUCUUCUUAAAAUGGAUCGCUGUGCAACCUGUCUGUUUGGUAUAUGUAAUUAUGGAGUAGACAUAAAUGGAUAUGUCAUGGAUCCAGAAAAAGGGCUGUGCAUUUGGUUACAAAGAAGAUCUCAAACAAAACAGACAUGGCCAGGAAGGUGGGAUAAUAUGGUGGGAGGAGGACUCGCUGUUGGCUAUGGUGUCCUGGAAACUGCCUACAAAGAGGCUGAAGAAGAAGCCUCCAUACCUUCUGAGCUAAUGAAAAAUUUGAGAUCAGGAGGCAGUGUUUCAUUUUUCUUUGAAAGCGAAAGAGGCUUAUUUCCUAACACAGAGUUUGUGUUCGAUCUGGAACUACCCUGUGAUUUCAUUCCUAAAAAUAACGAUGGUGAAGUGGAGAUGUUUGAACUACUGCCAGCCAAGGAAGCACUUGUCAGGGUUCUGUCUAAGGACUUCAAAACCACAAGUUGUCCUGUUGUACUUGAUUUCCUCAUCAGGCAUGGAAUAAUCACACCUGAUAGUGAACCUCAUUUCCCAGAACUCGUGGAGUUGCUACAUGUCCCACUACAGUCUCUGUACCGAGUCAGGAGUUGCGCUGAAAAUGGAGAAAUUUAUUCGUCAUAGUAACGAUAGCACCAGCUACAUUGAUGGGACAACGAAUAACUAAACUGUAGAUGCCUCCCCGUUAAGACUGCCCGCUUAGAGCGCCGUUGUUACGAGUUCCAAUUACAAGACUAAUAAUAACUGUAGCAAUGCUUUUUGACAUAGUCAGAAUAGUCUGCUGCAUUAGAUUUUGUUCAGCCACAUGUAAAUGUUUGUUAAAUAGAAAAUCCGUUUAGUAUUUAAUAAUGUAAGAGAAUUUUUAUAUACCAUAUGCUUUAAUUUAUUUUUUACUCGUUAUUUAAUUUUUAUAGUGCUUUCAUACCUUUGAAGCAGUUUUGGAAUUUAACUUUAGUGCUUGGUUUUUUGUGUGUGGUAUAAUUUUGUUAGACUUUUUAACUAUAGAAAAUUAAUCAAAUAUCUCAAUUAAUAAAACAAGUUAUAAGUUGACUCAUAGUUAAUUUUAUUUUAAAGUUAGUAUAAGUUAAUACAAUUUAUUCAGCAUUUGAAACAAUACUAAACUUUAGCUAAGUACAUUAGAAAUUUAAAUUCAGCCUAUUAAUAACUUAAGUCUAAUAAAAUUACCAGGCAAUAUAAAUCAUAAGCAAAAUUGAAAUAGAAAGUAGAAAUAAGAAAAAAAAGGUAGAUCUAAAGCCACAGUUAGGCCUUUCUAAGUAUUUUAUAGCAGGUAAAACUUGUUAUUAUUCCAAGGAAAUUAAAAAUAAGUUAACAGGUAUUAAUCUAUCUCAUUGUUUUUAACAUACAGGUUAAAAAUGUAGUAUAAGUUUGAUAAAUAGUUCAGAUUAUGUAAUGGUUUUUACAAUGUAUUUGUACUGAGGUUAGAGCUUAAUAUGAGAAUGAGAACUGUUACUCAAAACGAAUAUUAUUCAAAAGUUGCAUCUGGUCAUUCAUUGUACGAAUUCAUGAUUUUUAUAAAGAUUUAUGAAUAGAAAAGAAUCUCAAUUACAAUCAAACAAAUUGACAGAGGUGAUGCCCCUAGGUAAUAUCUUGAUUGUAAUUUGGCAUUAAUCCAAUGCUGUAGUGGAACAUGUUGAUUACAUACAUAAUAUAGGUAACUAUUAUAUUCUGACUGCGAUAGAUGUCCCUAGGUCAUUAUGUCUUAAUUUUUCAUGUCAUAUGUAUCUUACAUUUACUAUCACUAGAAAGGCAUUAUUGUGUAUGAUAUCUGUUAACAUAAAGUGUACUUAAAACUUACCAUUUUCUGUUUAAACUUUGUAAUUUAUUAUAAAAGUUAAAACGUUUAAGAACUGUUGCCAACAUUAAGUGUGAUAAACCUAACAAUGUGUUUCCAAAACUGGCAUUUGCUCUCUUCUCAGGUGUAAUACACUAAGUUAACACAUUGACUGUGGUGGACGCACAUUAUUACUAUCCCAGCUGUCCUAAAAUUGGUACAUGACUAGAGUCGCAGUGAAGUUGUUAAGAUACACAAAUCGAAACUUUCCAAGCGUUUAAAACUGAAAAGGUGUUUCAAACCAAACCAUCAUCACAAACAAAAUACCAAAAGAUGUAAGCACAACACAAAAACAUAUCUCUAAAAUAACAGUGGUAAGUUUAUGUAAUGUGUACUUUAACUAAUGCUGUAAGAUUUCACAUUUAAGGAAAAGAUCAUAUACCAGUUAUUGAAAUGUGCGUAUGUUGGUAAUACGUAAUGAUAGCAAAUGUACUUAAUUCCUCUAUACUUCCUAAACUUUAUUCUACUGAAUGCAGAUAACUAGUAACCUGAUAUUAUUCAUUAUUAGAUAUAUGCCAUACUGAAUUUUGUUCAUCCUUUAUAACUAGAAAUAUAGUGUCUAUUCUCAUAAUGAUAAAAAAUGGGAAACAGAAUGGGUGGAAGUCAACAUAGGAGUUAAUUUCGGUUAGUUGUUGACAUAGUAUAAAAUGCUUUGAUCUGUUACAGCUUCAUGAAACAACUACCAAAAUGCUGAAAAUUAAAGAAGCCUAAAAAGUAAAAUAUUCAUAAUAGUGGAAUAUUAACAGAAAGCGUGCAUUGAAUCUUUCAACGUUCUAAAUAAAUUCUCAUCAGCCUAUGUUUUACUUUUUUAUUUAAAACAAUUUCUUGAAAUUUUCUUCAAUGUGAGAGCUUCUUCUUUACUGAACCAGAAUUUGUAGGAAGAUGAGAGUUAACAGCACUUCCUUUUGUAGAGGUGUGUAUGCUGCUGUCUGCCUUCUUACAGCACUCAAGUAUUUCAAUGUAACCAUUAAUGUAGAGAAUUUAAUAAAGCUAUACAUCAACCUUGUUAUUGUAAUUCAACUGUUGUCUUUCAACAGUGUGGUAGAUCACCAAUAUGCCACAAUAGCGAAGAGGGGUCCAUAUUAUGGUAUUAUGCUACAAUUCAACUUUCAGCAUGGAUUCACCCAGUUCAGGUUCUUGGUAACCUAAGGUUGCGUUUUUGAGGUUGAGUGGUUUAAUAAUUGGUAUUUUUCAUUAAUUUUUUAGGAUCAAAUUUUAUUUCUGUUGUUGAUUCUGUAUGCGUGAAAUGAAAUGUUUAUUCCAUUUUCUCUUUAUUAAAAUAUCCUGGAUUUUUCACUUUGAAUUUUACUCCUACAAAUAGCGCAUCGUAAUUUUCAUCCAAUACAUGACUAAAAUCUCCAGAUGUUCAUAUAAAAGAUGCACUGCUAAUAAUGGUUUUUUUUAAUGGAUAGUGAGUACUAAAGUCUAAUGAAGUUGCUAUAUUUAUUCCUACCAUCCUACACUUGUUAGUUACUUUAUUAGUGUUAUUUAAUGUUAUUGUUUCAGGUUAGGUUAUAACAUGUUUCUAAUGUAUGUUGUCGUUUCACUUUGAAUAUUUCUAAUGCAAAACAUAACUCCCACAAAUUGUUAAUUACUUUUAGACAACAGUGUAGUAGAAAGAUUGUUACUGAUUGAUUAUUACUUAAUUUUUCUAAAUUGGAGACGCCUUUACAGAGUUUUAUUUUAGAUACUUCAAAAAAGAAGGUGAAAAUGAAAGACAUGACAUUUUUAUGAGAAAGUUACCAGUGUUACCAUCAGGGUGUUUAGAGGAGGUACUUGUGUAAUUGAGAUUGCUAAUAAACAAGAUCUGUUAUAAAGAUUGUGGGUGAAUGACUAGUCUGUCACCUCAAUAUUAAAUUUUUCCUUGAAUUACUACGUACACAAGGCACAUGGUUGAUAAUAACAGUUAUAAUAAAGAAAAUACUUGUUUAAAAGGGUACUUAAUAUAAAACUGGUGUUGAAUAUGAUCUCUAAAAAGAAUCCUGAUAUUUAUAAUUUCAAUAAAAUUUUAUGCUCUUUCAGUUAAGUUCUAUCCUCAGUUGAUUUAUUAACAAGCUUGUAAAAACGAGUUUUGUUUUAAUGUUAGUUUGUUUAUUGAUAACUAUUUAGUGUUUAGUUAAGUUUAGUUUGCAAUUUUCAGAGAUGAAGAAACAAGAAGUGAUUCCAUUUUGCUUUGUAUUUAAAUUAUUUCACUUGAGUGAGGUCAUUAAAUCUCUAGGUUUAUUAAAAUUGACACCUCUUAUCAGUUUUUUUGAGGAAAACAAUAAAUAAGACACAAAGUAUUUAAAAAUAGGCAAUAGUUGUGACUAAUUGCAUUCAGUUUUAUUUCAGUGCAGUUAAAGGGUUAUAACCCGUCAGCAGGACCUUUCAACAAAUACAUAAUAAUUGAUUUUAUAUAUAAAACAUGAUUACAGCAAUAAACUGUUAGGGAGUGCGAUACCCAAGUGGUUUAAAGUGUCAGACUUAGACCUGAGUUAGAGAUAGCACAGGUUCAAAUCGUGUCUGACGGUAGCAUUUGUUAUCAGUACCAUCGACCUUGUACUGUAUCGACUCUCCCCCUUAUUCUGUUUCAUAAGAUCCUUGGUCAGGCCAAUGGCUCAUGAGGACAGGCAGAAUAAGGCCUAAGAGGAAGUUGGCCUCUCCCUUUUCCUAAAAGAAGUAAAUAAAAUAAAAUGAACUGAAUAAAAAAAAAUUGUUAAACUAUUAAACUUUGCACAUUAGAAAAACUGCAACAUGCAGCAAAGUUAGUAAAAAAGUUUGAUAUAUAACUUAUUGUUGUAGAAUAGUGAAAAUAAAUUUAAAUAAACCAAUUUUUAAUUGUGUGGAUUACACAAUUGAAAAAUUAUUAAGGUAACAGUUUACUUUUUACUGUUUGUAUUUGAAUGGUCCAUAAAAUAAUUUCAUUUAAUUUGAUGUAGACAAAGUCAUGAGAUUUUUUCUUAACAUUGAUAUUGAUAUUUAAAAAGUUUUAGAAAACGUAAUUUUAAAAUAGUACAUAAAAAAUGCAUUUGUACAAAUAAAAACAGUUGUGUAACUGCCAUCUAGAUUGUGUUCUUAAAAACCAUUAUAUAUUUGACAGAAUGUUGAUCUAAAUAUGAUCUGUCUGUUAUAAUUAAAUCCCAAGAGAAAGUCUCACUCUAUGGAAAAUGUUAAGCUAUAUUAAAGAAUAUAAAACGCUGAAUGCUACUUUUCAUCUUUAUCAGUAAUACUCAACGGUCACCUUCUGUGGGAGAUAAGGUUUAUGCUCACUCACAUUCUGGUUCGCAUACCUGUAGCACCUCUAGAGUUAUCUCUCAUCAAAGAUGAAAACUAACAUUUUAUUGAUCUUCCUUUGGCUGAGAUAUUAACAUAGAGAGAGACCUUCUUAUCUGAUAUGUUUGUGGCACAGUGUUUGGAAUACCACUGUAUAUCAGGAUAAUGCAGUUAGUGUAUGAUUUUGUAGUAUUUUCCUAGAACAAAUGUUAAGUUUAUUCUAGUAAAAGAUUUCUUAAUUGACAAAUUUUUUUAUGCAAAUUAGUUUGAUUGUAAUACUUUGUUGUAUAAAGUAUUCAUUUUAAUUUGAUCUUUAUCAUUUAUAUUAGUUGGCUGAAAUGUAAGAAUAAGAGAUCUUGCCAUUUGUCUACAUGUGGUAUUCCAGACUGAGAAUGUCAUACUGUCCACUUUCAUAAUGAAUUGUCUAUUGUCAUAUGAUUGUUGCACCAGUUUUUAGUUUAGUGUACUCUUAUAAUAUUUAAGAGAUAAGUUUUUUACUGUAGUUAAUGUCAAUUUGCUUGUUCUUCUCGUAUAGCACAGAUUCAUCAAUUGAAGUCUUGCCAUUGUCUUGAAUCGAUUCCAUCACAGCAUAUAGUGACUAGCUUGUCAAUAAAUAAAAUUUGUUUAGAGAGAACUUGAAAUAAUCUAAUUGUAUUGUUAAUUACAGGGAGUUUGUUAACCCGUAUAAAACCUCACAGGAGGGUGUUUCUCAGGUCAAAAUAACACCUUUUCUUCCUAUCAACAUAGGUCCUAUCCACAAAUGUCUCUAUUCAAAGUUACAGGUACCAUAAAAGAAUUUUAUGUGUAAAAUUUGAUUGUGGCCAUUAAAAUUUGUGACAUCCUCACCUGGGUGAUUUUAUGGGUUUCUGUAAGGUAACAGAAAAUCUUAUGCAUGGUGUGAAAACCCUCUUCUCAUUGGUUCACUGGUAUAACAACUUUUGUGGGCAGACAGUUCACAAAAGUUUUUGUACACCCACAAAGACUUUUUUGCUUGAAUGAGAGGCAUAUAUAGAGGACAACAAAUCUUUUCCCCUCCAAAAUAUGUUUUGAGAGGUUUUUCAAGGGUUUGGAAACAUCAUGUAUUUAGUACAGUAAGAUCAAAAAGUUCCUUUGAUAAUUAAAAUUAGCUUCCUCAGUUAAUGUAAUAUAGAAGACUAGCUCAAAAUGGCUGAGAUUUGGUAUUAGCUGGGUUAUGAAUAUAAAAAAUAACAUGGAUUGUAUAUAUUCAGAAUAGAAAAGAUUGUAUAGGUUAUGAUGUAUAUUCAGAUCUGAACUUAGAUGGUAUAACCAUCGUCACAAACUGGGGUAGUUUGGCUCUUAGAGACAAUACCGUGAAAGCGUUAUUGUAGAAAUAAGGUUAUUGUAGGGCUUUUGACAAUUUGAAGUGAGAUUGAUUUUUUAGCUUUAUUUAAUUUAGUGUAUGACACCAACACUACUUGUCAAAAACUGUCUACCAAAGAAUAAGCUGUGGAGUAGAUUUUUUAGAUGUAGUUGGACAAAGUUAGUUGAUAUUUGUGACGGAGAAGCAUUAAUACAUCUGCAAAUUAUUUUGAAUUCAAUUCAAAUUAUACCAUUUACUGUAUUAUUUUAUUGUCUUAUAUGUUAUAUAUAAGUGUUGAAUCUAUAAGAUUUAAAUUUUAAAUUUACUUUUUAUGUGAUAUUUUGUUUCCAUUUUUAUUAAAUGACUACUAGUGUGUUGAUUUUAGCUCAGUUUUAUUCUGUAUCUUAAAUUUUAUUGUAUGUAUAAGAAAUAAAACAAACUUUCAAAAAUU